AAAUCGAUGAAAGGAUUCCUCUUUGCUAAGCUGUAUUUUGAAAUCAAAGAAUAUGAACUUGCUAAAAGGUAUAUAUCUACAUACCUCAACAUACAAGAGAGAGAUCCCAAAGCACACAGAUUUCUUGGACAGAUUUACGAAGCUGAGGAUAACAUAGAAAAAGCUUUUGGGUGUUACAAGCGUUCUGUGGAGUUGAACCCAACACAGAAAGAUCUUGUACUGAAGAUUGCAGAGUUACUAUGCAACAACAACAUCACUGAUGGAAGAGCAAAGUACUGGGUGGAGAGAGCUGCUAAGCUCUUCCCUGGGAGUCCUGCUGUUUACAGGUUGAAGGAGCAGUUAUUGGAUUGUAAAGGUGAAGAUGGAUGGAAUCAGCUUUUUGACUUGAUUCAAGCAGAACUUUAUGCAAGACCAGAUGAUGUCUACAUAAACAUCAGACUAGUUGCACUCUACCGUUCAAAUAAUAGAUUAAAAGAUGCUGUGCUCCACUGUCAGGAGGCAGAGAAGAAAAUACCUUUGCAGUCAAGCUUGGAAUGGUGUUCCUGUGUUGUAGAGACAUUUGAGGAAUAUCUGGAAUCUUUUCAAGACUUGGAAUCUGAUAAAAAUAACUGGAGAGCCAUCAAGAAAGAUCAUCUGCUGGCCUAUUCCAGCUUUCUCAAAAUGACACUGUCCUCUAGAGAUGUUCAGGAAUGCAGAGAGGCACUUGAAAGUUUUGAUCGUGUACUUCAGUCAGUGAAACCGUAUGUGAACGGGGCUGACGAGUUGUCCCGUACCGUUGUGGAAAUGAAAGGACAGCUCUACAUGCAUGCUGGAACGUUGCUAUUGAAAAUGGCCCAGCACAACGAGGCACAGUGGAGAGCAGUGUGUGAACUAGCAGCAUUGUGUUACCUCAUAAGUUUCCAGGUUCCUAAGCCAAAGUCAAAACUAAUAAAGGGGGACCAAACUGGACAAGACAUGUUAGAAAUGUUGGCCUGUGAUCGAAAAAGCCAGUCUGGUCAUAUGUUGCUGAACUUAAGCCAUGGCAAGCAAGACUUCUUUAAGGAGAUUGUGGAAUCAUUUGCAAACAAGAGUGGUUCAUUUACAUUGUUUGAUAGUCUGUUUGAGAGUGGAGCUUCUAGAGAAAGAUCUUUUAUUGGCAUGGAUGAUAUUGGAAAUGUCACUACACAGCCACCAGCGCAAGUGGAACUUAAUAAAUACGACAUUGGUGCUGUUCGAAUGCACAGCGGCAGCCUCCAGCAUCUUGUGUGGCUUGGCUUGCAGUGGAACUCCAUGUCAGUCAUACCCCCAAUGCGCAAGUGGUUAAAACAGCUUUUUCACUUGCCCCAAGAAACAUCGAGACUUGAGACAGAUGCCCCUGAAUCCAUUUGCUUAUUAGACCUUGAAGUGUUUCUACUUGGGGUGAUAUUCACUAGCAACUUACAGUUGCAAGAGAGAUUUAAUUCUCACUAUGGCGCACAUCAGCCUCAAUUUUUACCGUUGCCAGUGUGCAAACAGCUCUAUACUGAAAAGCAAAGAUCCUGGUGGGAUGCCGUUCGUACUCUUAUUCAGAGAAAAACAAUACCAGGAACAGCAGCAAAACUGAGGCUUAUCGUACAGCAUGGAAUAAGUACUCUGCGAACACUGGAGAAGCAUGGCCUUCAACCUGCCUUAAUUAUACACUGGGCAAAAAGCCUGCAAAAAACAGGCAUUAGCCUUAACUCCUUCUAUGACCAGAAGGAAUACAUUGGACGAAGUGUCUACUACUGGAAGAAAGUUUUGCCUGUGCUGGAAACUGUCAAGAAGAAGAGGAGCAUUCCUGAACCUACCGAUCCUCUCUUCAAACACUUCCAUAGUGUAGACAUUCAGGUUAUUCAGGUUGCAGCGUACGAAGAAGAGGCACGUAUAGCGUUUGCGAUGUUGGAUGCAGUCGAUGGCAAAACGGAUGAUGCUUUAUUAGCAUUUGAAGCUAUUAAGAAUGUGGUUUCAUACUGGAAUCUUGCUGUGAUCUUCCAAAGAAAGGCAGAAGAAAUUGAAAAUGAUGCCAUGCUGCCAGAAGAACAAGAAGAACAGAAAACUUAUCUUCGUAAAAGCAAGCAUUACCUAAUGAAGAUCAUUGAGGAAAGCUCCUCAGAUAUGUCAGUCACUGAGAAACUGCCGGUGUCUCUUGAAACUGUGAGGGAAAUGCUAGAUACAGUCAUCCAGGAACUUGGUGAGAAUGGUGAAGAGGGAAGUCCUGCCUUCAGAAAUGGUCUGUCCCGAGCUAUAGAUUCAGAGAUGAAACACUCCACUCCAUCACCAACUAAGUUCUCUCUUUCACCAACAAAGAGCUACAAGUUUUCUCCUAAAACCCCUCCUCAGUGGGCAGAAGAUCACAGAUGUAUACUUCAAAUGAUCUGUCAGCAAGUGGAAGCUUUAAAGAAUGAAAUGCAAGAAAUGAAACUUAAUAAUUCCAACUCAAAUGCAGCAUCUCAUCGGUGGCCUGCUGAAAACUAUGGAGCAGAUACAAUGUCAGAUGGUUAUCAGAGAGCACAAAAUCUUCAUGAAGCUCCAUUAACAGUUGCUACCACUGGCCCGUCCGUUUACUACAGCCAGUCACCUGCCUAUAAUUCUCAGUAUCUUCUCAGAACUGCCGCAACCAACGUAACACCAACAAAGGCGCCUGUCUAUGGUAUGAACAGACUCACGCCUCAGCAACAUAUAUAUGCCUAUCAACAGCCAAUGCAUACGCCACCUCUGCAAAACACUUCUUGUAUGUUUUCCCAAGAAAUAUAUAGCACACCUCUGCGUUUUGAUUCUCCCGCUACUGGGCUCAUUUCUCCUCGUGUGGGUGAUGAUUACUACAAUUACAGUGUUCCACAGGCAAGCACAAAUCCACCGUUGCCUGAACCGGGCUAUUUCACCAAGCCGUCGGUUGCGCCACCGACUUUAAAGCCUGCAGAAUCAAAAGUGAUAGAGUUUCAGAAAGCUAAAUUUGGACAGCCAGCAACAGCAGAAGGAUCAAAACCGUGUCUGUCAGCACCAGCGCAGCCAAGUCAGCCAACGACUUUUAAAUUCAACACUAACUUUAAGUCUAAUGAUGGAGACUUUACCUUUUCUGCUCUACAAGUUGCGGCGCAGCCUCCUAAUGCAACUUUUAAUAGUAGUGAAAGCCUCUUGGAUCUUCUGACGUCUGAUAAACCUUUACAGGAUGAUAGAUACAGCGAACAAAAACCAGUUAACGAUCACGCAAAUAGUCAAAGGAAUGUCUUCAGUUUUGGCGGUAGACAUAUUUCAGGCAUCUCUGUUAGAGAAGGCAUGGGACAAAAUGCACCCAAAAGCCUGGGUUUUGAGAAAAAUGGUAUAUUUAGUGUCCAGGAACCAAGCAAGCCUGUAUUUAUGACUCCAAAUUCAGAUUUGGCCAAUAGAAGUCAUGAAACCGAGGGAGGAAGCACCCAUGGUGGAGAUGAGGAUGAUGAUGGUCCUCAUUUUGAUCCUGUGGUGCCACUCCCUGACAAGAUUGAGGUGAAGACAGGUGAGGAAGAUGAAGAAGAAUUCUUUUGCAACAGAGCCAAACUCUUUCGUUUUGAUGCAGAAUCGAAAGAAUGGAAAGAAAGGGGUGUUGGAAAUGUCAAAAUACUGAAACACAAAGUAUCUGGCAAAUUUCGUCUCUUAAUGAGACGGGACCAAGUGCUGAAAAUCUGUGCAAAUCACUACAUAAAUACUGAUAUGAAAUUAACUCCAAAUGCUGGAUCGGAUAAGUCAUUUGUCUGGCAUGCUUUAGAUUAUGCAGAUGAGUCACCAAAACCAGAACAGCUUGCCAUUAGAUUUAAAACCCCUGAGGAAGCAAUGCUCUUCAAAAGUAAGUUUGAGGAGUCACAGACUAUUUUAAAAACCUUAGGGUCAAGUAUUGACAUGUGUGUGACCCAGAGUAGUGGGAGUGCAAGAGAAACAACAAAUCAGGACAUCAAGGAGCCUAGCAGAUCCGUUUCUGAGACCCCGAACUUUGGCUUUCAGUUCCCGAAAGAUGUGGCGAGCAGCGAGUCUGACAGCAAAAGCAGCCUUACGGCUACAUCAGCUGUGUCUGGUCCUACCACUUUUUCUUUUGGAAAGGAAGCCCUGCAGACCCAUUCUGGUGGGUUUGGGCAGUAUCUCUUGAAAAAGGAUCAGUGGGAGUGUAAAGUUUGUUUAGUUCCAAAUGAGGCAGCGGCAAAGAAUUGUGUGUCGUGUCAAAGUCCAAAUCCAGAUACAUGGGAGACGCAUGGCACCCCGUUAACUGAAUCUGCCGCGAGUCUCAAAGCCAACGGUAACGCUGCGCAGGACAAAUUUGGAUCUGCUUUUGCUAAAAAGGAAGGUCAAUGGGACUGUAAUGUCAGUUCGGUUAGAAACGAACCCACUGCCUCCCAGAGUGUCGCCUGCCAGAACCCAGACAAAACCAGUACAGCGGUAUCUGGUCAACAGACUCCUCCUAAAUUUGGCCAAGCGGUUGCUCCAAAGGCUAGUCAAAAUGACUUGGGAACUGCUUUUCCUGAAAAAGGUGGUCAGUGGGACUGCUCUGUAUGCCUAGUCCAAAAUGAAGCAAAAGAUGUGAACUGUCAUUCUUGUCAGAGUCCGAACUCACAAAGUCAGCCAAAUGUGCCUGUACCUACUGUUCAGGCAUCCCCUGCUCCCAGGUUUGGUUCCGUUGCUGAUGCAAGUAAGCCACAGAAAAAUGGAUUUGAAGGCCUUUUUGCUAAAAAGGAAGGACAGUGGGAUUGUAGUACUUGUCUUGUGAGGAAUGAGGGUUCUUCACCAGCCUGUGUAGCUUGCCAAACACCAAAUCCAUCUGGUAAGCCUGCCAGCGAUGCUUCAUCAACACCUGCUUUUGGCUUGAAAAGUAAAUUAUCUGAGCCUGUUGGAGGACAGUUUGGAACAGGCUUUAAGUGUGAUUUCUUAGAAAAGGGCUUUAAGUUUGGUCAUGCUGAGCAAGGCAAGACACCACCGUUUACAUUUCAGGUUCCUUCUGAUACUGAAGCUAAGCCUGCAAAGGAAGGAUUUAGCUUUUCAAUGCCAGUGCCUGCAGAGGGAUUUAAAUUUGGGAUACAGGAGCCUAGUAAAAAUACUGCUAAGAAAGACGAGCUAUCCAAAGAGUGUACAACUGGCUUCUUAAAAAGCAUUGAUGAAAAAGACAAAAAGGAAUUGCCUUCAGAUAGUGGAAUUACAUUCCAGUUUCAAGAAACAGCAAACAAGGAGAGAGGUGACUUCGUUUUUGGGCAGAAUAGCAGCAAUUUCACUUUUGCCGAGCUUGCAAAAAGUACUCCUAGGGAAAGCUUUCAGUUUGGCAAAAAAGACCCUAACUUCAAAGGCUUUUCAGGUGCAGGUGAAAAGCUGUUUUCUUCGCAAGCUUCUAAAACAGAUCACAAAGCGAGCACGUCUGCUGACCUUGGUGAGAAGGAUGAUGAUGUGUAUAAGACUGAGGACAGCGAUGAUAUUCAUUUUGAACCUAUAGUUCAGAUGCCUGAAAAAGUAGAGCCGUUUACAGGAGAGGAAGACGAGAAAGUGUUAUAUUCCCAAAGAGUAAAGCUGUUCCGGUUUGAUCCAGAAACCAGCCAGUGGAAAGAACGUGGGGUGGGCAAUCUGAAAAUUCUUAAGAACGAAGUUAAUGGCAAAGUAAGAAUAUUAAUGCGGCGUGAGCAGGUACUGAAGGUGUGUGCAAAUCACUGGAUAACAACAACAAUGAACUUGAAACAGCUGUCUGGCUCAGAUAAAGCGUGGAUGUGGAUGGCCAGUGACUUCUCUGAUGGCGAUGCCAAGUUGGAACAUUUAGCAGCAAAAUUCAAGACGCCAGAGCAGGCUGAGGAGUUCAAACAGAAGUUUGAAGAAUGUCAGAGGCUACUUCUAGACAUACCACUGCAGACACCCCAUAAACUUGUUGAUACAGGUAGGACAGCUCAGCUGAUACAGAAAGCAGAAGAAAUGAAGUGUGACUUAAAAGACCUCAAAACAUUUCUGACAGAUGACAAAACUAAACUGUCGGAAGAGGAAAAUGUAAACUCUGUUUGUGCCAGCAAUAAUACUGAUCUGGUCAUAAAGUCGCAGGCUGAAAGUACUGGCCCCACUCUGGAAUGGGAUAACUAUGACCCGCGGGAAGAAGCGUUGGAUGAUAGUGUGAGUAGUUCUGUCUAUGCAUCACCUCUUGCAAGUAGCCCUGUAAGGAAAAAUCUGUUUCGAUUUGGAGAGUCUACCACAGGUUUUAGUUUCAGCUUUAAAUCUGCCCUGAGCCCAUCCAAAUCUCCUGCCAAACAGAACCAGAGCAGAACGUCAGUAGGCACAGAUGAAGAUUCUGAUGUUACUCAAGAAGAAGAGAGAGAUGGGCAGUACUUCGAACCCGUGGUACCUCUGCCUGACCUCGUGGAAGUGACCAGUGGUGAGGAAAACGAGCAGGUUGUCUUCAGCCACAGGGCUAAGCUCUACAGGUACGACAAAGAUGCUAAUCAGUGGAAAGAGAGAGGUAUUGGGGAUAUUAAGAUACUGCAGAACUACGACAACAAACAAGUGCGUAUAGUGAUGAGAAGGGACCAGGUACUAAAACUCUGUGCCAAUCAUAGAAUAACACCAGAUAUGAACAUGCAGCAAAUGAAAGGGUCUGACAGGGCGUGGGUAUGGACUGCGUGCGACUUUGCAGAUGGGGAGAGGAAAGUGGAACUUCUGGCUGUGCGAUUCAAGCUGCAAGAUGUUGCAGACUCAUUUAAACAGAUUUUCGAUGAAGCAAAGCAUGCCCAAGAGAGGGACACACUGAUAACGCCUCUUUCUUCUCGCGCUAAUACACCGAAGGAAUCUCCUUGUGGUAAAAACGCAGUAGCUGUGCUGGAAGAAACUACCAGAGAAAGAACUGACCUCAGCCAUGCUGAUGAUGCUCCUGAUGGAACUGUAGAGGCCGCAGAGGUGUCAAACACUUCCGAAACUCCAACAAAAACAGUGGUUUCUCCUCCAAAGUUUGUAUUUGGAUCAGAAUCUGUCAAGAGCAUUUUCAGUAAUGAAAAGUCAAAGACAUUCACGUUUGGAAACACUUCAGCUACUGGUUCUCUCUUUGGCUUCAGCUUUAAUCCUCCAAAGAAGAGUGAGGACCAGAUGCCGGUGUCUCAGGACACAGCUCAGAAAGAACCAGAAGUCUCUGAACCAACAAAAAGCUCUGGUGCUUCUCAGAAGCCUCUAGACGGCAAGGUCGACAACUUGCCUGCUUCAGCACAAGAUGGACCCUCGAACUUCUCGUUUAGGCUUCUGGAAAAAGGCCUGAAAUGUGCCUCUCUACUUCUCGAUAUCAUCUGUAUCUCUCUUCUCAAAUCAAACACAAUUCAACUGGAGGGUUUAAAUGAUCCUUGUAACAGUAUAAAGAUGCCGGCUUGUCUCUGUUCUGAUACUGGAAUUGCAGAGGCAAUAGAACAGGAUGUAGUUGGGCAUGCAGCUGAGAAGACAACAAAGCCAGAAGAUGAUCUUCCAUCUGAUGAGGUUAUAAUAGUUUACGAGUUAACUCCUACCCCUGAACAGAGAGCUCUUGCCGGCUUCCUCAAGCUACCUUCAACAUUCUUCUGUUACAAGAACAAGCCUGGAUAUGUGAGUGACGAUGACGACGAUGAUGAAGAUUAUGAAACAGCUGUUAAGAACCUCAAUGGAAAAAUCUAUCCCAGCGAUUCAGAAAAGAAAAAGAAACUGCAAGAUCCUGUAAAAGGAAAAAGCGAAUUUGACAAUGAAAGAGAAUGUGUUACUGCUUGGGAAAAGAAACCAACUCCUGAGGAGGAGGCUAAAGCAACAACUCUGCAGGAUCCUUCUGCAUCUGUCUGUGGUGUCAGUAGUGAUACUGAAGAUGGCAGUCCAGAAAACUUUGAGACAGAAGUUAAAAUUCAAGAAACAGAAGGAAAUGAGGUUACAAGCUCAACUGACUUAGUCUGUACCAGUAAGGAAGAAGUACCUACUCCAUCAACCGGUGAGGUGACAGUAUUUCUCCAGUCAGCUGCUGACAGUGAAGAACCAGAUUCCACCACGGAAACUGUGCAUGGAUCACAGGCUUCAUCAGGGGCUGAUGACAAACCUGUAGACUUGUCAACUAAAAAAAGUGAUUCGGACUGUCCAGAGUCAGCACAAGAAAACAGAGUCAUCUCAUUUGGCUUCGGCAAUACUACAGGCUUGUCAUUUGCAGAUCUGGCUUCCAAAAACUCUGGAGACUUUGCUUUUGGCUCAAAAGAUAAAAACUUCAAAUGGGCAAAUACAGGAGCAGCUGUGUUUGGAGAGACAGCCCGUAAAGCUGAUGAAGAUGAAGGUGGUAGUGAUGAUGAGGUGGUACAUAGUGAUGAUAUCCACUUUGAGCCAAUUGUGUCUCUACCAGAGGUGGAGGUAAAAUCUGGGGAAGAAGAUGAAGAAAUUCUCUUCAAAGAGAGGGCAAAACUUUACAGAUGGGACAGAGAUGCUACACAGUGGAAGGAGCGUGGUGUUGGAGAAAUAAAGAUCCUCUUCCACACACAGAAGAAAUACUAUAGAGUCCUAAUGAGAAGGGACCAAGUUCUUAAAGUCUGUGCAAACCACGUCAUCACCAAAGAAAUGAACUUAGUGCCCUCUGAUACAUCGAACAAUGCUUUAAUUUGGACAGCUACAGAUUAUGCUGAUGGUGAAGUAAAAGUAGAACAACUGGCAGUCAGAUUUAAAAGCCAAGAAAUGGCUAAUUCUUUCAAGAGGAGGUUUGAAGAAUGCCAGCUAAGCUUGUCGGAACUACAGAAGGGACAUGUAUCUCUGGCAGCAGGGCUGUCAAAGGACACCAACCCUGUUGUGUAUUUUGAAGUUUCUGCUGAUGAUGAACCUUUAGGACACAUAACCAUGGAGCUGUUUUCAAAUAUCGUCCCUCGAACUGCUGAAAAUUUCAGGGCCCUGUGCACAGGAGAGAAAGGAUUUGGAUUCAAGAACUCCAGCUUUCACAGAAUAGUCACUGACUUUGUGUGUCAGGGAGGUGAUAUAACUAACCAUGAUGGAACAGGUGGACGGUCAAUUUAUGGAACAGCAUUUGAAGAUGAGAAUUUUGAAGUGAAACACACCGGUCCUGGAUUGUUGUCCAUGGCAAACAGGGGCAGGGAUACGAAUAAUUCUCAGUUUUUCAUAACACUUAAAAAAGCAGAACACUUGGACUUCAAGCAUGUGGUGUUUGGAUUUGUGAAAGAUGGAAUGGAUGUUGUGAAAAAGAUUGAAUCCUUUGGUUCUCCUAAAGGGCUAGUAAAUGGAAGAAUUGUCAUUACAGACUGUGGACAAAUAUAGAAUUGUUGCUUUGAGUAUACAGAUGUUCUAGCAGUAUAAAUCAGUAUUUAGAUGUUAUUGACUAAUUAUUUCAAUUUCUUAAUGGACACUUCUGAUGUAUAAAUGUAAAAUUACAGCUUAUAGUUUGGGUUUUUUAUGUGUUCUGAUUUGAUUUUUUUGCAUGUUAAAUAAGUUCAGACACUGGCAUAUUUCAGGUGUAUUUGUGUUAUCCUGACAUAUUUGUAUUAAAUGUCAAAUUUUAAAAAAUAAACCUUAGUCUUCUUAAAAUAAA